AUGUUUGUGAACAAGCUCCUGCACGUUCUACCCGCGUGGGAGCGGGGCAUCGUCCUUGCCCUGGGCUCCGGCCUGUUCCUGCCGUUCGGCGGGGUCGUCGCGCUCGUGUGGAGGCCAGGGCGCGUCGACCGGCAGCUCUCGAGGAUCGUGGCGUUCUCCUCCGGAGCGCUCAUCACCGCGACCUUGCUGGAGAUCUUCCCGACCGCCUUCUCGACCACGGUCGACGAGGGUUACGACAAGCAGUGGAGCUAUGCGUUAUGCACCUCCGUCAUGUUUGCCUUCGUUGUCGCCACGAUUCUUGGCAAGAUUGUGUCCGAACAGCCGGCGAUCCUCAUCAGCAAGAUGCUUGAGGCGGUGCGCAGGACGAAGGACGCGGACAUCCACCUGGAGAGAGACAGCCAAGGCGCGAGGGUGGCAAACAAGUUCAUCAGUGAUUGGAGGGGCUUCGAUGAUGAACGCUGGCCGCCGAGGCGAAGCAGUAGGCUUAGUUCCUCCUCCAAAGCUGGGGGUCGGGUUCGUACGUCCCGUGGGAGUGCGACUGAAGGCAUGCUGGCUGCGCAGAGGAUCGUCGACAGCUUGCUCAAAGUCGCGCGAGAUCAGGGCGACCUUCGCAGGACGCUAGACGAUCACGCGGGGCAAGACGUGGUGGAACGGGGCAGCUUCACCCCCCAGGAGUUCUGCAGAUUCGUGCUCGACGUCACCAAAGCCGACGACUCCGCGUUCGCCGAGCCGCUCUGGGAGGAGCUCUCCCAGGGCGGGCCCACCCUGGAGCUGCUGGCGCGGAUGCUGCAGCCCUUCUGGGAGCUGGCCCGGCAGCGGCACUCCGUGAGGACCUCCUCCACGGGCGGCCUGAUCCGGUCGCUUCAUUUCGCUCAGUUUGCCAAAGGGCAGAAGCACUCGGAGGACGACGACGACGGGGCGUCGGUGUCGGGGGUGUCCCUCGCCGAGUCGGUGAUUCUGUAUGCAAGGCUUGACCAGAUGGAGGAAUUUAUCGUGGAGCAGCUGGAGCCGGCAAUACGUCCGUUUUCGGACCACCUCGCCGCCUUCCUCACCCACGUCCUCACGGGCACCGUCAUCUACCACAUUUGGCAGGUGGACCAAAAGACUGCCACCGUCUUCGCGGUGAUGAACGUUCUGCGCAAUGUGCCGGAGGGAUUAUUGCUGACUUCCAACGCCAUCUCGAGCCUAAGUGGCAGUCAUUGGGCGAUGAACAUGAAGAUGACCUUUAGGGCUUUCACAGGUAGCCUCAUAAUCGGUUUAAGCGAAGGUCUGGGAGCCGGCUUGGCGUCUCUCAUGGCGUUUGAGAGCGUACAAUGGCCUCGCGAGGUCUUUAUCGUGAUGCUAUUGGCUCUUGGUGCCACAUUUAUUUACGCGGGCGUCUGUUGUUACAUGAACAAAGCCAAAGAGAUCAACCCCGACAAAGAGUUCCCGUCGUAUUCGUUCAUGGUGGGCACAACAGUGAUGAGUUUUGCCAUGGUCGUUGUUGAUGCUGGGCCUUUGAGAACAGGCGAAACCCUUGGGAGAGCUGGCACCCUCAGCUCGCAAUGA